AUGACACUUUUGAUUCUGAUCUGCACCACUCCAGUCUCAUCUAGCCUGUCGGUCUCUGAUGUUGGCAGCAGUGGCCUGGCUGUCCCUGACGCGUCGCACCUCGGCAGUGGCUACUGGGAGGAGGACGCCCCCGCAGAUGACGAGACGACGACAUUGACAGGAGGUGCCGGUACUCUGACCUCUGCAGCUGUCGUCACAGCCGACAGUAGUGGCGGUGGUACUGAGAGCGACAGCAGGGGAACCACCACUAGCAGUGCUGCCAAUGCGACAGGCGAGGAGCAGCCCCUCACUGGUGGUGGCUCUGCCAGUACUGCCAACACUAAGCCACCAUUCUCCUACAGGAUGCUCAUUGCUAUGGCCAUAAUACAGUCACCGCACAGGAGACUGACGCUGUGGGAAAUCUUCACCUACCUCGUGAGCCGCUUCCCCUACUUCAGACGCAACAAGAAGAUCUGGCAGAACUCGAUACGCUGCUGCCUGUGGUCUUGCAAGUGCUUCGUCAAAGUGCGACGGGGGCGUGGCGACGCCAGUGGCAAAUACUGCAACUACUGGACGCUCGACCCGCAGUGUGGCGAGAUGUUCGAGAAUGGGAAAUUCUGCUGCCGGCACGUGAAGAGGCCGACCUGCAGGGGUCUCGCGGUGGCAGCGCCCGCGCAUCCGCACCUCUGCCGGCGCGAACACCGCCGCCGGCAACACGACACGCCCUACACGAGCCCGCCGGAAUACCGGCAGCUGCCGGAGACCGCAGGCGGCCCCGAGACGCGACCGUCCUAUCCGCUCUGGACCAGCACGGCCACCUCAACCCCGGCCGGCUCGUCGGUUUCUGAGGUCGGCGGCACCAGACGGGCUGCCCUCGACUCUGGCUCUGGCCGCGGCCGACAUGGCGGUGAGACCCGGACGUGGGACGAGACGAAACUGGCGGCAGCCGCCGCUGUUCCGAUCUCUGCAUCUGGCCGCACCGCCAUCGGUGGCGGCUGUGGAGGAACCGCCACAGGCAGUACUACUAGUGGGGUGGACGGAGAGCGGCUUUUCGGUGAUGCCGGCUCGGCCCGUACUGUCGACACGAAGCCGCCGAUCUGCUACGCGAAGCUCAUCGCUAUGGCCAUAGCGGAUUCACCGCAGAGGAGGGCGACGGUGACUGAGAUUUACGCCUACAUCGUGAGCCACUUCCCCUACUACGAGCGCAACAAGAAGGUCUGGCAAAAAUCGAUCCGCAACAUCCUGUCGCUCGGCAAGUACUUCGUCAAAGUGCCGCGGGAGGACGGCGACCGCAAGGGCGAGCGCUGCUGCUUCUGGGUGCUCAACUGGAAAUACAAGGAGAGGUUCGCGAGUGCCAACUUCCGCUGGAAGCAGUCCACGAAGCGGCCACUCCGCAGGGGUCCGAAGGCGAUCGCCGCACCUUUAGCGCCCUGCGAGAAAACUGUCACCUCGCUGCCCUGCGCCAGCACUGCCACCCCAACCUCCACAACCGUGUCAGUCUCCGGUGUUGGGAACCCUGGAAAGGACGCCCCCAAUUCGUCCCACCCUCGCAGUGACCGCAGUUGGGACUUCUCGGCAUCAGACGCAACAUCAUCUGUGAGCGACACUCCAACUGCAUCUCCAACUGUGUCCGGUGGCAGAGACGACUGUACCAAUGGUGGGGGAACCACCGUGUGCAGUGCUGCCGGCGGAGCAACCGAAGAGCAGCGCCGUGGGGAUGCCGGCUCAGCCAGUACUGCCAACACGAAGCCACCAUUCUGCUAUGUGAUGCUUGCUGCUAUGGCCAUAGCACAUUCACCAGACAGGAGGGCGACGCAGUCGGAGAUCUGCGCCUACAUCGAGAACCGUUUCCCCUACUUCGAUCGCAAGAAGAAGGUCUGGCGGAGCUCGGUCCGGGCGUACCUGUCGCUCGGCAAGUACUUCGUCAAAGUGCCGCGGGAGGACGGCAAUCGCGGGGAGCACUACUGGACGCUCAACCCGCAGUACGAGGGCGUGUUCAACUACGGCAGCUUCCGCGACUACCCGUGCGUGAAGCGGACGUUGUGCAGGCAGUGCGAGAAGCAGCCGUUUCUCGGGCCCUGGGAGCGGUGACGCCUCUGAGAGAGCCCGACGGCACCGCCAGCGCCUCCCGCCACCUCCAGAUCGCGCGACGCAGCCCCGCCGUGUCGGAGCACCUCGAGCUGGCGGCUGCUGCCGACAGGUUGCAGUGCGGUCCCACGCCUCUCUCGACUGC